UCUCUCCGUCUGUACCUCUAUUCCUGCUCCACUAGCCCAAUCAUGGACCUCGCAGCGAGGUGUGCGCUCCUGCUCUCCGGCUUCGCCCUGCUCGCAGCGCUCGAUCUGGACGCGAUUGACCCCGGCUACUAUGUGGAGACCAGCAGCCCGUCAGAUGUGAUCGACUACAAAGAUCCCUGCAAAGCUGUGGCUUAUCUUGGCGAUAUUGCGCUGGAUGAGGAAGAUAUGCGCAUGUUUAAAGUGGACCGCAUUGUGAAUUUAGCAGAGAGAACAGUCACAGUUCUGAAUCACACCGAUGCGGGUUCACUUUCCAAUGAGACGAAUACAAACAAUACGGCGUCCCAUCGCAGGAAGAGGGCAGCGACGUCCAGACCUGAGAGGGUUUGGCCCGAGGGCGUCAUUCCUUACGUCAUCAGCGGGAACUUCAGCGGUAGCCAGAGAGCCAUAUUCAGACAGGCCAUGAGACACUGGGAAAAACACACAUGUGUGACGUUCAUCGAGAGAACAACAGAAGAGAGCUACAUCGUCUUCACCUACCGGCCGUGUGGGUGCUGUUCGUAUGUGGGCCGGAGAGGAGGGGGUCCGCAGGCCAUAUCCAUCGGGAAGAACUGUGAUAAGUUUGGGAUUGUGGUGCAUGAGCUCGGUCACGUGAUCGGAUUCUGGCAUGAGCACACGCGACCCGACAGAGACGAUCAUGUCAGUAUCAUACGGGACAACAUUCAGCCAGGACAGGAGUACAACUUCCUGAAGAUGGAGCCUGGUGAGGUGGACUCACUCGGAGAGGUCUAUGACUUCGACAGCAUCAUGCACUAUGCAAGAAACACUUUCUCCAGAGGGAUAUUUUUGGACACCAUUCUGCCUCGAUAUGAUGUGAACGGAGUUCGGCCUCCCAUUGGUCAGAGGACCAGACUGAGCAAAGGAGACAUCGCACAGGCACGCAAACUUUACAAGUGUCCAAAAUGUGGAGACAGUUUGCAGGAGAGUAGUGGAAACUUUUCUUCACCUGGUUUUCCCAAUGGUUAUUCAGCAUAUAUGCACUGCAUAUGGAGAAUUUCAGUCACACCGGGAGAAAAGAUCAUUCUGAACUUUACAUCUAUGGAUUUAUACCGGAGUCAUUUGUGCUGGUAUGAUCAUGUGGAGAUCAGAGAUGGAUAUUGGAGGAAAGCACCACUGAAAGGUCGAUUUUGUGGGGAUAAAUUACCGGAGCCAAUCGUCUCUACAGACAGUCGCCUGUGGAUUGAGUUUCGCAGCAGCAGCAACUGGGUGGGGAAGGGCUUCUCUGCUGUUUAUCUUGCAGCUAUUUGCGGUGGGGAGGUGAAGAAAGACAAUGGUCAGAUUCAGUCUCCGAACUACCCAGAUGACUACAGACCUAAUAAAGUCUGUGUGUGGAAGAUCACUGUGGCUCAGGGUUACCAUGUAGGCCUUACCUUCCAGUCGUUUGAGAUCGAGAGGCACGAUAACUGUGCGUAUGACUACCUGGAGGUUCGAGAUGGGAACUCAGAAAGCAGCCCGCUGUUGGGCAGAUUCUGUGGUUAUGACAAACCUGAUGAUAUUAAAUCCAGUUCCAACCAGAUCUGGAUGAAAUUUGUGUCUGACGGUUCUGUCAACAAGGCUGGAUUUGCUGCUAAUUUCUUCAAAGAAAUGGACGAGUGCUCCAGACCCGACAACGGUCGCUGUGAGCAGCGCUGUGUCAACACGCUCGGUAGUUACAAGUGUGCCUGUGACCCUGGGUACGAACUGGCGGCAGACAAACGGAGUUGCGAGGCUGCCUGUGGUGGUUUCAUCACCAAGCUGAAUGGGUCCAUCACCAGUCCAGGCUGGCCCAAAGAGUAUCCACCCAACAAGAACUGCAUCUGGCAGCUGGUGGCGCCCACGCAGUACCGCAUCACGCUGCUCUUCGACGUCUUCGAGACGGAGGGGAACGAUGUGAGCACUAGGUUUUUGCCUCAGCGUGGGGUGGGUUUGUCUGGUUCAUUUCAGCUCGAUUGGUGUGAAUCACCACAGGGCUUUAGGGACAAAGAAACUCUGUGUGUUACUGAUAUCUGGUGUUUUGUUCUCACAGAUAAAGACGAGUGCUCUAAGGAGAACGGCGGAUGUCAGCAUGAAUGUGUGAACACCUUUGGCAGCUACAGUUGUCAGUGCAGAAGUGGCUUCAUUCUGCAUGAAAACAAACAUGACUGCAAGGAAGCCGGCUGUGAUCACGUUGUGAACAGUGUGAGCGGGACCAUCACCAGCCCCAACUGGCCAGAUAAAUACCCCAGUAAGAAGGCCUGCACCUGGGCCCUCUCCACCACCCCGGGACAUCGGAUCAAAAUAGCUUUCAAUGAAAUCGACAUGGAGCCUCAUCUGGAAUGUACUUAUGACCACAUAGAGAUUUACGACGGUCGGGAUGGGAAGGCACCCAGCCUCGGACGAUACUGUGGCACCAAGAAACCUCAACCGAUCAUAUCCUCCGGCAACAAGAUGUUCAUCCGCUUCUUCUCUGAUAACUCAGUGCAGAAGAAAGGCUUCGAGGCUUCCCAUGCUGCAGAGUGUGGAGGCCGUCUGAAAGCAGAGGUGAAAACUAAAGACCUCUACUCUCAUGCCCAGUUUGGUGAUAAUAACUACCCCGGGGCGUCCGACUGUCAGUGGGUGAUCACAGCAGAGAAGGGCUACGGCGUGGAGCUCAUCUUCCAGACCUUCGAAAUCGAGGAGGAGGCCGACUGUGGCUAUGAUUACAUGGAGCUGUUUGAUGGGGCGGACACCAAAUCACCCAGGCUAGGCCGCUACUGUGGAUCAGGGCCUCCAGAAGAGAUCUACUCUGCCGGCGACUCCAUCGUCAUCAAAUUCCGCUCAGAUGACACCAUCAAUAAGAAGGGCUUCCACGUGCGUUACACCAGCACCAAGUUUCAGGACACACUCCACUCCCGUAAGAAGUGACCCCUAGUGGCCGGGAGGGGCCGUGCAGGGCCUAGGGGGAAGCGAAAGGGUCCCAGGGGGAGGGCCUCGCCCAUCGCUCAGAGCCACCCGGCCGCCAAGAACACCCAGACUCGACGGACCAGCCGCAAGAAUGCCAACCGCACCUCAGUAGUUCACAGGGGUUCUGGCAUACCCUACUGACUGUGAGGAGUAAAGCCAUUCCGCAGUAGACCUUGUUUUUACCUUUUUUUAAUUAUUACAUUUGGGGCAAGAUGGGGAGGGGGUGGAAUGUAUUCAGUUGCUGGAUACCAAUAUAGGGGCGAAAUCAAGGGUGGGCGUAGUUGAUCGGAUACUGGAACCCCCCUCCUUUUUUCACCUUUCAUGAGCCGGGUGUGUUGAAAAACACAAAUACACUAAGGAACUCCUGCAGGAGGACCAGAGCAGUCAACCAAACUCACCAAAC